UCAUUUAUUUUUUGCGUAUUAUUUUUUAUCUAGGUGACUGAGUUCUUGUGUGCAUUCAUGGCUAAGCUAUUUGGAGGGAAAGAUCCAUUUGACCAUCCGUUCUUUACUCAGCCAUUUGGCAGUUUGUUUGGUGGGAAUAAUCCAUUUGAUGAUCCAUUUUUCACACGCCCUUUUGAUCAACAGCCUGGAUCACGGCAGAUUACUAUUGAGGAAUUGAACCCUGAUAGUGACAGUGGAAAUGGUUUUCAGAACAAGGACAUGUCAAAUAAAGAACUUGUUGUUAAGAACCCUACUGAUCAUGAAAGUGGUACCCAGCUCUUUAGUUAUCAGAGAGUAGCAUAUGGAGGUGCGGAUGGAGUGUAUUACAGUUCCUCUUUUGGCAAAAUGACUGGUGGUGAUGGGGUGGUUUUGACAGAGAUGAAAGAAGAAGAUAAGAUCGUUGGUGAAUCACUUCACACAUUGUCCAAAGGAAUCCACGAUAAGGGUCAUUCUGUUACCACAAAACAUUCUUCAGAUGGUAGAACGGAUUCACUACAGACUUUGCACAAUCUGAAUGAAGACGAGCUUGGUAGUUUUGAAGAAAAUUGGAAAAUCACUGCUGAGAAAAAUUUGCCUGGAUGGAAUAAUGGGUUCAAUUUACUUGAGAACGCAGGUAGGUUGCUUUAAUACCUUAUUUCUUGAGUUCUUUUCAUUCUUUUUUCUAACUUUAGUCUAUUAUAUGCCUUCUGUCUUUUCCUCUGAUUUGAUGUAAUUUUAAAUAUCCGUACUCAUUAAAAAUUGAAAAUAAAACCGAGAGAGAACUACAAACGUUUUCUGAAGAGUCUUUCUAAAUUGGCUGGAUCACCUUACUGCCAUUGGCACUUAACACGGUUGUAUGAAAACCACAGGCACAAAGCCUUUGGACAAUCCUAGGGGCGCAAUUCAAAGCUGUUUGAAGAGCAAAAACUCGUUUCUCCUGGAAUCUUUUGUUGUUUACAUACUCAUCAUACAUAUGCAUUGAGGUUGACAUAGAACCAAAUAGUCAAGAGGAAGUUGAACCAUCUAAUCCUACAUCAAACUUGGGCUUAUCUGGCUAUGAGUAAAUUGCAAUAAUUAUCACCCUUCAAUUUGUUCAAAGGUGUUCAAUAGCAUAACACCGCCCCUUCUUUCUAUAGGAUUUGCAUAAAGUCCUUCAGGAUGCUACUUCUUCAAUUAAAUUUGUUGAAGUUAACUCUAUAGCAUUGUUAUAAUGCUGAAAUAUAUUCUAGAAUAGAAUGUUAAAUACACUCCUUUGUCGUUCUUAUGCCCCGUCAAUGAUGAAUUUUAGAGUUACAUAUGAUAUACCUUCCCAAGAUGAAUUCCGUACAAUCUGAUUAGGAACUCAGCUUUGUACUUUCAACAUACAGAUAAUAAACAUGAUAACCUAUUCAUUCACAUAUUUAUAUUCAUAAGUUUGUGUGUGCUUUGCCUUAGCCCUUCCCCAAUGAACUAUCAAUGUCUGCUUCCUGCUGUUUGUAUUUCUUAGUUAUCCGUCCUACUUUCGCAUCAUAAAUGAUUGGUUUUUUCAGAAGAAUAAGCUUGUUUGCCAGCCCGGACAAUAUAACUAAUGUAUUAAUGGACUAUUCCACACUGUUAUUUCUGUUGGAGUCAGCAAUUCUGUUACUUUUCAAAAGACAGAGGUAGAUAGAAUGGUUAAACUGAAACAAAUAUGGAAGUCCAUGACUAAUUUCGA